AAAAGAGAGGGCGAAGAGAGAGAGAGAAUAGAAAGAGAGAGAGAGAGAGAAAGAGAGAGAAGAGAGAGAGAAGAGAGAGAGAAAGAGAGAGAAGAGAGAGAGAGAGAGAGCGAGAGA